AUGUCUUCCCAUGGAUCCCCAAGACCUUCUGCGGGAGUGCCAUUAUUGAUACCAUUAAGAACGCGAUCUCGUCGAGGAUCAUUGGGAUCACUGGCUAGUGGUACGCCCGUCGAUAAGGAACAACUGGCACAAGCUCUGGAUAAAAUACAUAGUACUGCCUGUCAGUCGGAAACGCUUACUACGUUCAACGAAUUCGCCCCUCCACCACCAUCUUCCUCGAAUACAGAGAGUAAAGGCUUAGCUGGGGAUAUCAUGCAGAAUGGUCUGAGUGGUCUAUACAGUCGAUUCAAAGGCGCAGUUGGAGUAGGGAAAGAUAAAGCAGGAAGCUCUUCGGUAAAAGGCGACAGCGAAAGCUUUGAUGCGACCUCAGUCAAAAGUCAGAAUGCAUCGAAUGCCACCCCGUCCUCGAAAGGAUCUUCCGGUCCUGCACGAGAAGACUCGGGUAUUACUGCUUCGCCCGUUCAACUUUCCACUGCAUCUUCACAGCUGCAGUCUCCAACCGUAUCUUCCUUCAUGGGAACUUCGUCUGAGAUGCAGUCACAAGCUAUGAAAUCAUCAAAAACCUCGCUUUCGUCAGUACCUAAAACAGCAAGGUCAGCGUCUAGACCUCCUCUCAAUCCAAUGGCGAAAACCACUUUGUCCUCAGCCAUUGUCCCAACCGUUGCGCCUGUCAAUGCUGUUGCAUUCAAAGAGGGAGAAAAGACUCGGCUGGGCAGUUCUGAUGGAAAUAUUCUGGAAAAGGCAAAUAAAAAAAGUGUUUCAGACAGAUCUGAACCGGUUUCGGCAUCAGAUUACACCCAUCCUGGCACAUUCGGGUCAGCUAGCGCUUCCGAAAGCAGACGCUUUACCGGCCAUCCUUCGGUAUUAGACGAUCCGGAGUCUGUUGAAUUUGAUUCCAUGAAAAGCGAAUCUGCUGGGCGAAUGUCGCUGAGCAACUUAGACUCCAAAAAGGAUUCCCAAGAUCUUCCUUUACGUAUUAGUGAUAGUAGCAAUGCUGGAAGGGCCAAAUCCAUGAGUAACCCCAAAACAGCUUCAGCUACAUUAUCUUCCAUAAAGACUUCCGAUUCGAGGCCAAAUGCGCCACCACGUCUUACAAUUCUAGAAACUGCAAGGCGAACUCCUGCUGUUGAACGUAUAACACAAUCACAUCUUCCUGGCUAUCAGGCAUCACGUACUUCUUCGACGGACCGCAGUACCGCGGAAGCUAGCCCUAUUAAUACCUCCGCACACAAUCAUGUGCGACAUGAUUCUUUUGGUACAGACGAGCGUUCUUCCCGCACCUACUCUGGUAGAAGUCGCAUACCUGGUACCACUACAAAUGGUGGUAGCGCCGAAGUAGUCAGCGCUCGUUUGGAGCAAAUGAGAAAGCAAGUGCUAAGCAAAGAAUUCUGGAUGGCUGAUGAUAUAUGCAAGGAGUGUUUUUUGUGCGGCGAUCCCUUUACUGCUUUUCGUAGAAAACACCAUUGCCGAACUUGUGGCUGCAUCUUCGACUCUAAAUGCACACAUACUAUUUCAGGCCAAAGGUUUGGAGUUCAGGGGUCACUUCAUGAUGAAUCAGGCUUACCAACCUUUUUCCAUUCGCAGCAGGCCAAGUUUGACUCCUCUACAUCAACUAAAAUAGAUUUGCCAGAGGGCCCAGGUGCUGACCCAAUGAAGAUAGGAGAUGAAUCUAGGCCUCUGGCAACUCCAAUGAUGGCGAUACCCGCUACACGACGAAUUGGUGAUUCUUCGAAUCGGCGUUCAGCAAUUCUGGAGAUAGAUGCACCACAAUUGAGUCGCCCAAGUUCAUCUCGAUCGUUGAAGGCGUUGUCUGCUGCUACGAGACCUCCAUCCUCUAGCCACAGACGACAUCAGUCAAAGCACAAUUUUCUCGGCCGCUUCAAAAGCCCUGUUGGAGAUAGAGCACCUUUCCAUCGCGGAUUGACUGAUGACAUCGCAAAAGCAACGCGUCUGCCCGCAUUUCAUGAUGACAAUAUCAUCGAUCCCGAUCUGGCACCAUACAUGUCGGAUGAAGGAUCAAGCGCCGAUGAACAAAUGAGUAUUUUUGCUACCUUACACAACAGUAAUACCGCAACUCCACCUUUUGAAAAUGACAGAGCAGGUUUUGGCUCCUUGCUGAACGCCACCAAGAGGCACAGGGCCAGGACUGGCGACAAAAGUGUCAGUGGGAUCAGUUUUACGAGUCGGGGGUUGGAAGAUGCUAGCGCAACUGUGGGAGCAUUCACAAGACCGAAUCGUCGACGUAAUCUGAGCAUUGCUAGCAACACUUUACACCAUACUCGACCCUCCCCAAGGCAAACAAAGCCGACGAGCUUAGCAAAGGGUUUUGGGAAUGUAAGUGAAGAUGUUACUGCACCAGAAAAUCCGUCUGACCCGACCACGCCAGCCGGCAUGUCUUCAAAAAUGACUCGAAGCGCAUCGAUGCGAGAUGCUAAGGCUCCUGCAGUGGAGCUUAACAACGCCAGUUUGCAUCAUGUUCGCCGGCUCCUGCAUCAACUACUUGAAGAUGCGGAUAUUCCAAACGUUGCUUCCUGGGAGAAGGCUUUGAUACCCAUUCUGCUUCAGUGCACAGAUGAUGUCAACCCUGAUGUUCGGCGCGGCGAUGACAUAGAUAUCCGUCACUAUGUCAAGCUGAAAAAAAUACCUGGAGGAAAACCUGGUGACACCUCGUAUGUGUCAGGUGUUGUGUUUACCAAGAACCUUGCCUUGAAAAGUAUGCCUAGGAGUAUUGCGAGUCCCCGCAUUGUUAUCGUAUCAUUUCCCAUUGAAUAUCAACGCCACCAAUCUUCGUUUAUGAGUCUGGAGCCUGUCAUAGCUCAGGAAAAGGAAUUUUUAAGGAAUAUGGUAAAUCGAAUCGCAUCCCUGCGUCCCCAACUUCUAUUGGUCCAGAAGCAUAUUUCCGGGCUUGCUUUGCAAUAUCUCGCUGAGGCAAAUAUUGCUGUAAUCUACAAUGUUAAGCCUUCAGUAAUUGAGGCAGUUUCAAGGUGUGCUCAGACGGAGGUUAUCUCGUCUAUCGACAUGGUAGCCCUGAAGCCGGUACACAUAGGCAAAUGCUCUGGCUUUGACGUGAAAACAUAUGUCCAUGGCGAUAUUCCGGGAAAGAAAAAGACUUACAUCUAUCUAUCUGGAUGUCCAAAAGAGUUGGGAUGUACCAUCGCUCUGCGCGGCGCUAGCAUGCCUAUACUAGCCAAAAUGAAGCAAAUUACAGAAUUCAUGGUAUACGUGGUUUACAAUCUAAAGCUUGAAACAUGUUUAAUGAGGGACGAAUUCGUUCUGAUCCCAUCUGUGGCAGAAAGCGGCAACCUCUCUCCCGCAAGACAAACUAGUCAGACUUCAAAAUCUACAGUAUCGAAUGCUCCCCCUCAUCAAGACACUGUGGUGGCAGCAAGCAAUGUACUACAAGCUGCUGCUGCGUCGGAGAAGGUUAAAAGCUUCUCACAGGAUGGAAUUGGCAGUAGCGAAGGCAUAUCCGCUGACCAAGUUCUCGUCACCCCGGAGACUGUUACGGAAGCUCAGAAAGCCAUAUCGACUGAACAAAAGCCUGAAGUUUCUAGAAUGAUCUCCGCUCAUGAGUCACAUGUCCACUCCUCUCAUGACGAUCAUCUACCGGAAGAUGUACCAAUGCCGACAUUUUACAGCGACAUGGUUGCUAAACACCAAACGAAAAUACUAUCUGCCUCCCCAUUUGUCAAGUUCGUGCAACCAUAUCUAUUGGUUAAAGCGAGAGAGCAGGAACGGAGACUCGUUUAUCUGAAAAGGCUUCGGGACCAAGAUAUGUUCGAAGAGCAGACCGAUACAGAAAAAUCCAAACCACAGAAAUUUCAGCUCAUAAAGCCCGAUAUGGUCCAUGAAAGUAUCAAAAAUGCACCCAGGCAAAUCAUGGAGGUUUUACAUGCUGUGCAUGAUGCAGAAUACGAUAAAGCUUUGCAUAAUUACCAAACACAAACACGUCAAUGGGAGAAUUAUAUCCAAGGAAAUCUUAACCUCUUUGAUCCAUAUGGUCACCAAAAUAUUACUGUGCUAUACACAGUCGUUUGCACCGAAACUUCAAUUCCCUGCGCUGGACCUGACCUUCUCACUCUCGCAUUUUAUACUGAACACGAAAUAUCAGCAGAAAUCGAUCCUGAUUGUACACUGGGUCAAUACGUCGAAGAUUUGUGCUUGACGAUCAAUACAACGUGUACGUUUAAUGGCUGCGAUCGAAAGAUGUCCGAGCAUCACCGAACUUACGUCCAUGGUGAAGCCCGAAUAACUGUGUUUGUUGAAAGAUCACCUUGCAAGAUCAAAGGGCUUCAGGAUUCUAUUUUAAUGUGGAGCUAUUGCAAAAAAUGUCAGAAGGAAACUCAAGUUAUGCCCAUGUCUGAAAGUACUUGGAAAUACUCUUUUGGGAAGUAUUUAGAAUUAUCUUUCUGGAGCAGUGAUUUACAUCUCAGAGCAGGAUUUUGCCCUCAUGAUUUGCACCGUGAUCAUUUGCGAUAUUUUGGCUUUCGCAAUGUCGCCAUUAGAAUACACUAUGAUCCGAUCGACCUCUUGGAAAUUGUUGUGCCUCGAACAAGAAUCACAUGGAAAGUAGAUAAUGAUCUUAGAUUGAAGAAUGAACUUUUCACAAAGAUAGAAGAACGGUGGAAUCGGUUCAUGGCGUCGGUAAUGUCUAGAAUUAAAGGAAUUAACAUCGACAGCGUUGCACCUGAAAAGGCAGAAGCAUGUAAGGCAGAAAUAGAUCGCCUGACAAAACGUGCGCAAGAGGAGCAUACUGCCCUCCUACGCAAGUUGCAAGACAAAUAUAUGGAAUCGAAAUACUAUGAGAUUAUCCCGCUUAAUAGGGCCAAAUCGUUUAUCCCAACGUCACCAGAGGCGACAUUUGAACCAAGUCCGGAUACAGAAGAAUCACCAGAAGGUCAUCCUGCAGUCGUCGACGAUAGUUUAGUCGCAGAUCUGACCACGAUAAAUUCACAGUCCGCCAGUAAUACCGAAUCAUCAAUGAACGAGGACCAAGUUCAGAUGCCUCGACAUGAAGGAGUUGAACAUCUUGAUCUCGCUAUUUCAGAGACCGCAGACCAGCAGCUUACCUCAAAAACAUUAACACCGGCUGAAACGUCUGACUUUCUUACAUCCAGUCCGCCUGAUCUAGAGAGUCCUUCAGAUGCUGAUAUCCCGACAACGCCUUUAGAAGCAAGCUUAUCCGAGAAAAUUGAGAGACUACGCAGAGCAAACCAAUCAUUUUCAGCCGAAAAUGGCCAGUUGCAGUCUGAAACUUCUGGUAUUCCAAGGCCGACUGAACGUACAAGUUCGCGUCGUAGUGGUGCUUCGCCUCCUCUCAAUCGUACCCAGUCACAGCCUGCAAAUACAUUACGCCGCAUGCAACCGAUUUCUACCAAGGCAUACCAUAGGCUGGGAGAUACACGUAAGUCUAGUGACUCACAAAUUCCAUUGCUUGAACCUUUGAAGCCGUCUACAACGGAACCUGUAAGGCCCACUGAUAAGAGACUUUCGGAAAGGUUGGGCCUGGGCUCCCUGAAACAAAAUCGUAAGGCAGGACACUCCUUCAUUCCAAGAUCUGUGCAACCGAAAAGAAAGGAGUCUAAAGUUACGACAUUAGCAAAACAUUUUGAACAGCUGAGUAGAGAAUUUGAGAAAGAACGUCUACGAGACAGGAGACGAAUGGCAGCAAAAGUCACACAAUCGAGAGCAUUCCCAAAAGCAUCUUCCAAGCCCAUUGUCGAGAUAUACAAGGAUAUUAAUGAAGCUGUCGAGGAGCGCGGACCCCCUGACGAAGUUCCUCUGGAUGCCGAACCCACGCAUAUCAAUACAGAAUCUACAAGCAUGACUGAAGGGCUUGCCAAGCUUAACAUGGAGCCCUCUAGUAUCGAGACCCAGCCGAGCUCACCGGAUGACACUGUCGCUAUGGGAGGAGCUAUUGCUGACAUCGAAGCUGAUGACACUCAUCAAAACUUCAGUCAAACUGGUUCUGAUGAUGAAGGGGUUACUAGCGAUGCAGAACAUUCUUUGCUUGGUGAUCUUUUGCCUGGUGCGGAGGAGUUGGCUGAAUCGCUUCGCGUGGGCAAGCCAGAUGCCGACCUUCCGAUGGAGAUACCCAAGCAUGAAAAGUCUAGUCUUAUGAAGAUGUUGACUAACUUCUGGGCUGAAAGAUCUGCCAGUGGCUGGACUCAACUUGAGUAUCCCAUCAAUGCCGGCGAACAUAUUUUCGUCGAUUCCGAUGUCAUCAUUAGAGAGGAUGAACCAAGUUCGCUGAUAGCUUUCACCCUAUCAUCGGAACAUUAUCGAGCUAAGUUGAAUGAUCUUCGACAACAAGGCCCAGUCUGUGCUAAACCUGAAGAGCAUGAUUCUAUGCCCACAAGUGAUACACCAGAUUUGUGUGAAGAUGGUAUCAAUCAAGCAGAAGUCGAAACCUCAUUGCUGCGUGCCACUGGUACUCAUCUCGCGUACUCUUUUGUCGAUUCCUCGGCAAGGAUGCAGUGCAAAAUUUUCUUUGCAGAACAGUUUGACGCUGUGCGGAGGAAGUGCGGGGUGGCAGAUCGAAUCGUAGAAUCAUUAUCGCGAUGCUUGAAAUGGGAUUCCAAAGGUGGAAAAACAAAAUCCGUCUUCUUAAAAACACUUGAUGACAGGUUGGUUCUCAAGCAACUUUCACCCAUUGAAACGCAGGCAUUUCUCAAAUUUGCACCAGCCUACUUCAACAUUAUCUCCGAGGCCUUGUUUCAUGAGCUGCCUACUGCCAUUGCCAAAAUGCUUGGCUUCUUUCAGAUUGUCAUAAAAAAUCCGGCUACAGGGACCGAGAUUAAGUGGGAUGUGUUGGUAAUGGAGAAUCUAUUCUACGAUCGUUCGCCUACCCGCAUUUUUGACCUCAAGGGAUCUAUGCGAAACCGAAAAAUUCAGUCUACAGGAGAACAAAACGAGGUGCUUUUAGAUGAGAAUAUGGUUGAAUUCAUCUAUGAGUCUCCUUUAUUUGCACGUGAGCACUCUAAGAAACUUCUUCGAUCUGCUAUUUUCAAUGAUACGCUUUUCUUGCAACGAAAUGAUGUGAUGGACUAUUCGCUAAUGGUAGCUGUUGAUGAGGCGCGAAAGGAACUUGUUGUCGGAAUCAUCGAUGUGGUCCGUACUUAUACCUGGGACAAGAAAUUAGAAUCAUGGAUCAAAGAUCGUGGCUUCGCUGGUGGUGGCCGCAAUCGUCCUACCGUCACUUCACCGAAGUUGGCACCAACCUCUAGAUGGACGGCCGAGAGGGGAUUCAAGACAGAUAGUGCAGGAGGCGAGAACACCGGUUUUAUGAUAGAUCCAACACUAUGA